CGUGAUCCGGAAACGCUGCGCUUCCGGUGGCGAAGUUGACGGCAUCACUGCGAUAACGAGGCGCAGCUGCGGUACUUGAAGACGUCUGAGCCGCGGACUGCACAGCAGACUGGGCCGUGAGGCAGUCAGCAUCAAUGGCUCCGGUGCUUGCGGAGUAAAGAAUGGGCUCCACGGCAUCGCAGCCAUGGCCAGAUCCACUAACAGAAGCGGCGAGGAUGGGGACCCACGGGUGACCGCCCCCACGGACCGCGACGCUUCCCGGGACCUGGCGGAACCCCGGGAACUGUCUCUGGAGGAGGUGCUGAAGUCCUACGAGCAGCCCAUCAACGAGGAGCAGGCAUGGGCGGUGUGCUACCAGUGCUGCAGCGGGCUCAGGGUGCCCCGCCCGCCGGCAGGGAGAGUCAGCCGGGUGAAGGACCCGUCCUCCAUCCUCCUCCACAGGGACGGAACCGUAUCGUUACAGCGGGAGCAAGGAUAUGACGAUGACACUGAUGGGCCUCCUCGUUCUCCUGCUACAGAGUGCCAGCUGGUCCACCUGCUCGGCGUGGCUAUCUACCGAGCCCUGGAUUGGGGGCUGGAUGACACUGAGGAGCGCGAGCUCAGCCCACAGCUGGAGCGCCUCAUCGAACGCAUGGCGGCAGGGGAUCAAAGUGGAGGGGGCUACAGCACCGCCGGAAACGCAACAACAGAUGAGGGGUACAGUGGACAGGAAGAGGAGGAGGAGGAGGUAGAGGAAGAGGAGGACCGGGAGGGCAUAAUCAGGCCGGUGUGUACGUUCCGCCAGGUGAUGGCGCUGUGUGCAUCUCGACUGGCAAACCCAAGUCUGGCUCCGGAGCACUACCAGGCCGUCUGCAGGGCUCUGUUUGUUGAGACCCUGGAGCUGCAGACCUUCCUCGUCAAGAUCAGAGAUGCAAAGGAGAUGCUGAAGAAGAUCUCAUCAGAGGAAUCUCUGGAAGACAGAUCCACGGCUGAACUGGACACUCUGAAACACAGAGACUGGGCCCGUCUGUGGGUGCAGCUGAUGAAGGAGCUCAGGCAGGGAGUGAAGCUGAAGAAGGUGCAGGAGCAGCCGUUCAACCCGCUGCCCACCGAGUUCAGCCUCACGCCGUUCGAGAUGCUCAUGCAGGACAUACGAGCUCGCAAGUUCCAGCUACGCAAAGUUAUGGUGGACGGUGAUAUUCCUACUAGAGUGAAGAGAAAUGCUCAUGAACUGAUCCUGGAUUUCAUCAGAUCAAGACCUCCACUUAAACCAGUUUCAGAGCGCAGCCUCCCUCCUCCUCCCCCACAGCAGCAGUCCCUCCAUGACCGGGUUCUGGCUGAGAUCAAGCAGGAGAGGAAGCUUAGACCAGUAGUUCCACCCAGCUCGAGACCAUUUGGCUCUCUGCCCUGUCUGGCUCAGACGUGUCCCUGCAAUGUCAAAUCCACUUCAUGCAUCGACCUAUCCGUGUCGGAGCUCGGACCCCGGCCACCAACCCGUCCUCGCAUCCUGCUCAAGGCCCCGACCCUGGCCGAGAUGGAGGAGAUGAACAUAUCAGAGGAGGAGGAGUCUCCAGAUAAUGGGGAGCUGCGGAGGACCGAGAGCUCCCCGAUUCCUCUGAAAAGAGAUCGGUCCUUCUCGGAGCACGACCUGGCUGUACUCCGUGGGGAAAUGCUUCCUUCGCUCUCUGAGUCAGCCCAGCUGAGCGGGGUGGUCAAGCUGAGGGUCGACAGGCCUCGAUCCAGGACUCUAACCAGCGCCGGUGCUCCUCCUCAUCACAGAGCCUCCUUCCCGGUUCACGGCUGGGUGCCGCCCUCUCCAGCCCGCCUGUCUCUGAGCUCAGUCGACGAGACUACAGAGGGAUCCGAGACCACGUUUGAGUCCAGAGCUGGAGACGAGCACCAGUGGAUGGAUGAGUUCAGCCACCCUGUUGAGAGCCUCGCCUUAACCGUGGACGAGGUCAUCAACGUGCGGCGAGUACUGGUCAAAGCGGAGAUGGAAAAGUUUCUCCAGAGCAAAGAGCUCUACAAUAACCUGAAGCGGGGGAAGGUUUGCUGCUGCUGCAAAGUGAAAUUCCCCCUCUUCUCGUGGCCGUCUACCUGCUUACUGUGCAAAAGAUCUGUCUGCAGCUCCUGCAGUGCAAAGAUGAAGAUUCCCUCAAAGAAGAUGGCCCACAUUCCUGUGUACACUGUGGGCUUUCACAGCACUCCAAAGAGCCAUGGACAAAAAAGCCAAGUCUACAAGUCGCUGCGCAGCUUAUCCCGCCGCUCAGUGGAGGAGGAGUUCCCCCACCUGUACGCUCACGGCUGCACACUGCGGGACGUCUGUGCUGAAUGCACCAAAUUCGUCGCCGAUGUCAUUUCCUCCAGUCGCCGGAGCCUGGACAUCCUCAACAAUACUCCCAAGAGGGAGGCCAAAGCUGCUGCUGCUGCUGCUGCUGCUCAGAGACCACAGCUGCAACGCCAGUCCCAAGUCGAGGCGUUCCCUCAAGCAAACUCUCACCCUCCACCUUUCCCUCAGCCACAGUGUCUCCCUCCCCACUCCCAACAUUAAGAGCAGCUCCACCACGCCGAGACGAUCAACAAUGCAAGCCAAUGAGCAGACUGAUGGACACUGUGCACACAUUCACAGACAAACUAGGCUUCUAGUGGGUUCAUGCACAGCAGUAACGACUCAGCGAGCCAUCUGAUUGGCUCCAAUAAAUCGUAAUGAGAACACUCGAUCCAGUGAGGUGCUUCAAGGUUCUUUAAAUAUUACUGGGUUGAAUGGUUGUGCUAUGAUAUAUAAAGCUUAAAAAACGAAUUUUCUCGGGCUGUAUCUCGAGCCUUUUUAGUAAGAAACUAGAGACUCCAACACACCACCGCCUCACCCGUCAUACAGCUGCAUUAUCUUCCUUAUCUUACCCAUCACAAAUGCACACAUGCACAGAGCUCUUGACCUUUUAAGGUUUGAGUGAGUAGCUCUCUCUGUUUCUGCCUUAUCAACAGCACUACGACACUCCCCGACGCUCACAGCUGCAGACUGAGGAGAGGGCAGAUCGGGAGAGUGCCGGGGGGAGGGGGGUGCUGUAAGAGAGAAGAGAGAGGGUGGAGGUGAGGUUGAAAGCUGCACAGCAUAGAGUCAGCAUCUCAUUUUAGCGCUCUGUGGUUGCCUUGUUUUUUGUUUUGAAUGUAACUUAGAGAAACAGAAUUGUAAAUUUAAAGCUUGUACACGACCCUCAGCGUUUAUGUAUAAUCAUCCAAAAAGUUCCCGUUCCAGCUGGAUGAGGCUUCGACGGCGGCGACACUGUGAAUGUAACGGGGUGAAGCUGCAGGCUGCACCCUUAACUGACGCAGCGUGACGAUGCUCAUGUGAAACUCCCGCCCCCCUUCACUCCCCGUGGACGCUUGCAAUCUGCUCUGGUUUUGUAAACACUAAGAAAACCUCAGCUGCAAUAAAAUCUAACGACAAACACGAC